CUGAGAUCCUUCAAGGAAGGAUUCUCAGAUGGCGCAGGGCCUCCGAGAGUGGGGUGCCCCUCGUGCGCGCCCCCCGCCCAUGCCGCGGCCGCCGAACAUCAAGACGCCGAAGGACUUCAGGAAGCCAGUCGGCACCAUCACGGCAGCGCAGCUGCAGACCUUCAACUGCGACAGCCCUCGGCUUCUCAUAAGCAUCCACGGCGAUCUGUUCGAUGUCUCGGACCGCCCCGACAAGUACGGCCGGGACGGCCCGUACGCCUACAUGUCCGGCCAUGACAUAUCGUGGGGCCUCGUGGUGGGCGACGACGCCGAGGACCUUGGGACCCUGGAUAAGUUCUAUGAUCUGUUCAAGAUCCAGCCCCCGGACCUGGCAGACCGCAAGCUGCAGGGCCUCAUCAGUUGGUGGUGUUUCUACGAGAAGGAGUACGGCAGCCCCGUUGGGCGCCUGGAGGCAUACAACAAGGAGACAUCGGAGGAGGAGUGGGGGCUGCCGCCGCCGCCCGCCGACCAGCUGGAGGGCUGCUGCGUGAUGUGAGGGCGCCCGCGUGGCCCCCCGGCCCGCUCCGACCGCGGGCCCCGUACGCCCAUUUCUGGGUGAACGUUGCCGCCGCGUCCAGUACCACAGGCCACCUGUCGUGAUUCGUUGUCUCUGGCACUUCUGAUGAUUUAGGCCAAACAUGAGGAAUUCAUUCCGCUCUUUGGCUGGUUUCAGUGGCCGCUCGGGCACGUGCCAACAGCUGCUAGUGGGAGUCCGACUGGUUCCAGCGCAGAGGCUUGAAAACGUUGCUGUGCUCGCUCGGCCGAAGUCACGGCCUGGCAGCUGGCUGGGUGCAAUCACGCAUCGAUCUCCAGUCGAAUCCCGCGCCUAGGGGUCUCAGAAGUGUUCUGGUCCAUCACAGUCCUCCGCGCGUGGAUGGACCUGGACGUCGCUACUGUUGCAAGCCUUCUCAGAUCGUUCCAAGGGUAGGAAUGGAGUGGUCUGAUUGCCAUGCGUCUGAAGUGGCGACUACUCCACCUAGUCGCUCGUGCUUGCUGAUUUGUGCUACAUUUGUGUGUUCGCCACCCCUCCGGGUGCUUUUAGUCUUGACGCACGCCUACCUUUGAGCUGCGCUGAAUUUUCCCAACCUCCCUGGCACGCACAAGCUCAUGUCGAAGGUCAAUGCGGCGCCCUGGACAAGUAAGAGCUGAGCGGUGGUCUGUGCUGUCGCCCCUUGCGUGUGACACUGGGCCGAGCCUGGCCACGGCAUCGCCGCGCCGUAAAGUGGCGGAGGUUGACGAAAAGGGCGCGGCAUCCUUGCCUCUAGCAGACAGCUCUCCCUCUCUCUGUCUCUCUCUCUCUCUCUUUCUGUUUCUCCCUCUCUCUCUCUCUCGCUCUUCC